AUGUGGGGAGGAGGUGGCUACUAUGGGCGGCCAUUUGAGGCGCGCAACAAGCCAAAGGGCAGCAGCUUUACUGGCGACAAUAAGGAUUUCUAUCGGUUCGAGCUGGGGUCUGCCCGUGUCAUCCCGGGGUUUGAGGAGGCGGUGGAGGGCAUGAAGGUCGGCGGCAUCCGGCGCAUCAUCGUGCCGGUCGAGCUGGGCUACCCCAACGGCGACUUCAAGAAGCUCGGCCCAAAGCCCUCCACGUUUGCGGGGGAGCGCGCGCUGGACUUUGUGCUGUCCAACAGGGGCAUGAUUGACAAAACCCUGCUGUUUGAUGUGGAGUUGCUGCGGAUUCAGUGA